GCUCAGCGAUGAUGUCAGCUCCGGUUGCCUUUGCUGAGUCGGAAGUGGGAACCUUUUGGUCGCUGUGGCUGUGAGGUGUCGUCGUUGUUGCCCUUUCAGGCUCCGGUACUUUAAUUUACAUGUGUAAGCUCAAUGACUAUAUCUAAACUGGAAUCUCCACAGAGAUUUUCAUCAGGUGAUCGGCCCUCCUUUUCCCUCCCCGCCCCCUAGACUGGAUGGAGGAGACCCUAAAGUGAAAUGACAGACCAGGAGAAUAACAACAACAUCUCAAGUAACCCCUUUGCUGCUCUUUUCGGCUCCCUGGCUGAUGCCAAGCAGUUUGCAGCAAUCCAAAAAGAGCAGCUGAAGCAGCAAUCUGAUGAGCUCCCAGGAAGCCCAGAUGACUCCGAUAAUAGUGUGUCAGAGAGCCUGGACGAAUUUGACUACUCUGUGUCUGAGAUUAGCCGCUCCUUCCGGUCACGGCAAGAAAUAUGUGAGCAACUCAACAUCAAUCACAUGAUCCAAAGGAUCUUCCUCAUUACUCUGGACAACAGUGAUCCAAACUUGAAAAGCGGGAAUGGCAUCCCCAGCCGGUGUGUGUACUUGGAAGAAAUGGCAGUAGAGCUGGAAGAUCAAGACUGGCUUGAUAUGAGCAAUGUUGAGCAGGCCAUCUUUGCCCGGUUAUUGCUUCAAGAUCCAGGAAACCACUUGAUCAGCAUGACUUCUUCUACAACGUUAAAUCUCUCUGCUGAUCGAGAUGCGGGGGAGAGGCACAUCUUUUGUUACCUUUACUCCUGCUUCCAAAGAGCCAAGGAAGAGAUUACCAAAGUUCCAGAGAACCUGCUCCCCUUUGCAGUACAGUGCAGGAACCUCACUGUGUCCAACACUCGAACAGUUCUCCUCACCCCAGAGAUCUAUGUUGACCAAAACAUCCAUGAGCAACUGGUAGAUUUGAUGUUAGAAGCCAUUCAGGGAGCCCAUUUUGAAGAUGUAACUGAGUUUUUAGAAGAGGUCAUCGAAGCCUUGCUGUCGGAUGAGGAAGUUCGAACAUUUCCUGAAGUCAUGAUUCCAGUGUUUGAUAUUUUACUAGGCCGAAUAAAAGAUCUGGAGCUCUGCCAGACCCUACUGUAUGCAUAUCUGGAUAUUCUUCUCUAUUUCACUAGGCAAAAGGAUAUGGCCAAGGUUUUUUUAGAAUACAUUCAGCCCAAGGAUCCUAGCAAUGGGCAGAUGUAUCAGAAGACCUUGCUGGGAGUAAUUCUGAAUAUCUCGUGCUUGUUAAAGACUCCGGGUGUAGUAGAAAAUCAUGGCUACUUUCUGAAUCCAUCUCGUUCCAGUCCUCAGGAGAUCAAAGUACAAGAGGCCAACAUUCAUCAGUUCAUGGCUCAGUUCCAUGAAAAGAUCUACCAGAUGCUGAAGAACUUGCUCCAGCUCUCUCCAGAAACCAAGCACUGUAUCUUGUUCUGGCUUGGAAACUGUUUGCAUGCAAAUGCAGGCCGCACCAAGAUCUGGGCCAAUCAGAUGCCCGAAAUCUUCUUCCAAAUGUAUGCCUCAGAUGCCUUCUUUCUGAAUCUGGGUGCUGCUCUCCUGAAGCUGUGCCAGCCAUUCUGCAAACCCAGAUCCUCUCGGCUCCUCACUUUUAAUCCCUCAUACUGUGUCCUGAAAGAGUUGAAUGAUGAAGAACGAAAAAUUAAAAAUGUCCACAUGAGAGGUUUGGACAAAGAGACCUGUCUGAUCCCCGCUGUGCAGGAGCCAGUCUUCCCCCAGAGCUACAACCUUGUGACGGAGAACCUGGCCCUGACAGAGUACACCCUCUUCUUGGGCUUUCACAGGUUGCAUGAUCAGAUGGUAAAAAUCAACCAAAAUCUGCAUCGGCUGCAGGUUGCCUGGCGGGAUGCUCAGCAGAGUUCUAGCCCUGCUGCUGACAGUCUCCGUGAGCAGUUUGAACGCCUGAUGACCAUCUAUCUUUCUACCAAGACUGCUAUGACUGAGCCCCAGAUGCUGCAAAACUGCCUGAAUUUGCAGGUGUCCAUGGCUGUUCUGCUGGUUCAACUGGCCAUAGGCAAUGAGGGCUCACAGCCAAUAGAGCUCAGUUUUCCUUUGCCAGAUGGCUACAGCUCUUUGGCUUAUGUGCCAGAAUUUUUUGCAGAUAACCUGGGUGAUUUCCUCAUUUUUCUCCGGCGCUUUGCUGAGGACAUCUUGGAGACAUCAGCAGAUUCCCUGGAGCAUGUCCUUCACUUUAUCACCAUUUUCACUGGAAGCAUAGAAAGAAUGAAGAAUCCCCACCUAAGGGCCAAACUAGCGGAGGUGCUGGAAGCAGUGAUGCCUCACCUGGAUCAGACCCCAAAUCCCUUGGUGUCCAGUGUGUUUCACCGGAAACGUGUGUUCUGCAACUUUACAUAUGCUCCCCAACUUUCAGAAGCCCUAAUCAAGGUUUUCGUGGACAUUGAAUUUACAGGGGACCCCCAUCAAUUUGAACAGAAGUUUAAUUACCGCCGCCCUAUGUAUCCCAUCCUAAGAUACAUGUGGGGGACAGAUAGCUACCGGGAGAGCAUUAAGGAUUUGGCUGACUAUGCCUCUAAGAAUUUAGAAGCUAUGAAUCCCCCACUGUUCCUCCGAUUUCUUAACCUGUUGAUGAAUGAUGCUAUCUUCCUUUUGGAUGAAGCCAUACAGUAUUUGAGCAAGAUAAAGAUUCAGCAGAUCGAGAAAGACCGAGGAGAAUGGGAAAGUCUGACGCCAGAAGCCCGCCGAGAGAAAGAGGCUGGCCUGCAGAUGUUUGGACAGCUGGCACGUUUCCAUAACAUCAUGUCCAACGAAACAAUCGGUACCCUUUCCUUCCUGACAUCAGAGAUCAAGUCACUGUUCGUGCACCCCUUCCUGGCGGAGCGCAUCAUCUCCAUGCUGAACUACUUCCUACAGCACCUGGUUGGCCCCAAGAUGGGCGCUCUCAAAGUCAAGGACUUCAGCGAAUUUGACUUCAAACCUCAGCAGCUUGUAUCAGACAUCUGCACUAUCUACUUAAAUCUUGGGGAUGAGGAGAAUUUCUGUGCCACUGUGCCCAAGGAUGGCCGUUCCUAUUCCCCUACUCUCUUUGCACAGACAGUCCGAGUCCUGAAGAAAAUCAAUAAGCCUGGGAAUAUGAUCGUGGCUUUCAGUAACUUGGCAGAGAGAAUCAAGUCUCUUGCAGACCUCCAGCAACAGGAAGAGGAGACAUAUGCAGAUGCCUGUGACGAGUUCCUGGAUCCCAUCAUGAGUACACUGAUGUCUGACCCUGUGGUGCUUCCAUCUUCCAGAGUCACUGUGGACAGGUCCACCAUUGCCAGGCAUUUACUCAGUGACCAAACAGAUCCUUUUAACCGUAGUCCCCUUACCAUGGACCAGAUCCGGCCAAACACAGAACUCAAAGAGAAAAUCCAGCGGUGGCUGGCAGAGAGGAAGCAACAGAAGGAGAGGCUUGAAUAGAGACUGUGAACUGAACAACCCAGACCAGCCCAGGAUGUAAACAGUUUUUUGUGGGUUCUCUUUCUGGCUCUGGUCCUUCCUUUCUUCCUUCUUUCCUUCCUCCUUCCUUCCUUCCUCCCUCCCUCCCUCUCUCCCUUCCUUUCUUCCUCUCUUUGUUUUUGUGUUUUGGUUUAUUUCAUUCAUUGUUGUUGUUUUACUAAAUUAGAAAAUUGUUCUUGUGCAAAUUAUGAUAAUUAAGAUUCUUAAGACCAUGUUGUCUCCCGGGCUUUCAUUAAAUUCUCUUUCUCACAGCAUCUUCAUAAAUCUUCACUAAUUUUCAGCCUUGGUUUUCCUAUUCCUCUUGUUUCCUUUUCUUCCCUAAAUUAUAUUAAGUCCAACUACAAAAGUGUCCUGCCACUUUAUUCUUUCCCUUCCCAAGUACCGUUCAGACAUGUUUUCGUGAACACUACUUUUAAGUCUGUGAUGUCAGCUACUUCAGUGACAACCGGUAGUAUCCAGAAACCCUGUUCCCUGUGUAUCUUCUAGCCGGCGAGGGCUGGACUUAAGCCCUGUCCUUAGUAUAGCUCUGUAAUGUUACAGAGCAACUUUUCAGAUAAAUGCAAAUACCUUCGUGUGUGUGUAGACUUUUAGCUGAUGGAUAAGAUUGGGGGGAACCUUAUACAACUUCUGUCGGUUAUCUCUUAAUUUUGUAUUAUCUUGUAACUUAAAGAUACUAUCACAGACACUCCCACGAGGUUGUCACCACCAGCAGCUUAGCUGCACAGUCUUUUCAAGGGUGACAGUAAUGGGUGAAACUUCCAGCAAGAGAAUAAGUAAGAGGCUGUUGGUGCCCUUUUCUAUUUUGUGCCCCAAGGACUAGGCCUGGGUAAAAGAGGCAAUAAAUAAAUAGUGUAUCUAUGGAGAUGUUAUUUUAGGACACCAAUGCAGUGUAUCUCAGUGUGUGUGUUAUACACACAGAUACUGUGUCCUCUUUUUAUUGGUCUCAUAUGAAUUGAGUACCACAUUAUAUUGUGUCCUCCAUGGUAAAUGUAUGUGGUAUGUGGCAAUGUCUUCUCGCAUAUUCAUUCUUGUUGGGUAAAAUGGUAAGACUAUAAAAUGUAUGUAGCUAAUGUUUGGGCUGUGACAUGGCUCCUGAGAGCCGCUUCUAAUCUAGCCUUAGUUUAUCAAUUCACAAAGUAGAGACUGGAGCAAAAUCUGGCCCACAAACCAUUUUAAAUAUCCACCUAGCUCUGGGCACAUCAGUAUCAAUCUCAGCCCAGAGGUGUAAAAGACAAGAAAAUGGAAUUGUGGCUUCCUUUAAAGAACAUUACUGUUAGCCACAGCCUUUCAUAGACAGAAGCAAUGUUUCAGUAUUCCAACACAAGUUGCUAUAAGUAGUCCUUUGUGUAUUUUCUGAUGGUGUCAACUAGAAAACCUCUGAUCAGAGAGGACCUCUCACUCUGGCUGUUAAACAAAUGUCAGCUGUUGCUGUGCUUGUCUGUGAACAGGGAAGCCCAGGACACACUCACAAAUGCCAGAUUGUUAAGACAGACACCAUGUGCCCAGCUGACAGGAUUGCUUUUCUUUAAAUGAACUUGAUUUCCUGUGUGUAUUAAUUCUCCUCUUUCCCUCUCUGGGAAUGAACUGCAUUUGAACUAAGCUUCUACCAACUGCAUCUAUUUUUCCCAAAGCUAGUGUGGUAGGGUGUUUUUAUUUGAAAAGGAGGAAAGACCAGAGUUUUGCAGGUGAAAACUGGAGGAAAAUGGGUACAGAACCUCAGAAGACAACUGUUCCCAGCAGCUUUCUAGCUAAUGGCUGCCUCUCCUGUCUACCUGUACUCUACUUCUGAACGGAACCUGCAGCUUGUAAGCCUUUUUUGGCGAGUUUGUUCUGUUCUGUUUGAAGCUCUCCUGGUACUGUCUCUGGACGGCUGCUCACCACGGAUGCUGCCCAGCCCUUCCACCACCAAAGCAAGUGUGUAGCUUCAGGCCACUGUUGGGGAGGAGACCAAAUGUGCUCUGUGCCUUCUUUCUUUCUGCGAACUAAUUCAAAGACAUCCAGAAAAAGGAACUCUGGAGACUGCUGUCUUCUACAACAAGAAGCAUGUGUGCAUUAGCAGAGGUAAGGGGUUUGUCUGGAACUCAGCAGCAGCUGUCAAUCUGUUAAGAUCUCCUGACAGACCUAGUUUUCUGUGAAGACUUUGCUGGAGUACGAAAGGAAAGUGAAGACUUCAGUCAGCUCUGGCAUUGCUCAUAGCUCACCCAAAGGCUAAUGCUAAACUUGGGUUCAAGCAGUUGUUUGUUUGUGUGUUUAACAUGGCUUUCCGUGGGUAUGUGAAAAUUGAAGGAAACUUGAGAAGUAGUCUAAUGGUGUAGGUGAAGAUGCCAUUUGCUGUUCAGUACCACACUCUACACAAGUUUCAUUACAUUUUUUUGAUUCCGAUUGCUGAGCAGCGAUUGGGCAAAGCCUAAGACUACUGGGUACCUUUACAAGCCAGGCUGAUGCUGUACCAUUGUCAUGUGAGGAAACAGUGCACGUGUCCUAACUGCUAAACUGGAAAAGAACCUAGAGACAGAAAAUGAAGAACAAAACAACAGAAUGGUUGGCUGAAAUCAAACUCGAUCAAUAUAACUAUGUUUAACAUUCCAGGAAGGUUACUUCUUGUCAAACUUGCCUGGGGAUGUUGUUUGUUCAAAACUUGUAAUUAAUAAAUGAGCACCUGACUUACCA